AUGUUUCAAAGUACAGACGCCUGCAGCGAGAAACGCCCGAGCCGGGCGAGGUGGCGGGGAGCGAGAGUCCAGGGGCGGGCAGGGGCGCGGUGGGCAGGGCUGGUCCCCGACCCGACCCCCGAGGAGCGCGGUGGCGCACAGGUGGGUCCCCGCCGCCCUCGCCGCCGCGUUCCCGCUCGCCCCUCUGCUCUCCGUGGCAUCUUAUAUAAUAGCCCGAGCCGAUCCAAACGGAAGCGGGGCGCGCGCCGCCGGGCAGAGGUGCUCAAGCCCCGAGCCCCAAGGGCUUCCCACGCAGCUCCUACGAGACGGGGGAAAGGCCCGAGCGCCUGCCCCACGCGUCCCCUCGCGAAGGCGCUCGGUUGUGGUCGGUCCCCUUCAGGAAGCCGCGAGCGUCACCAACUGCGUCAGCUUCUUCAAACACCGUGCCCUGUCUCUCUCCAGCCCCGGAGCCGCCACCGUGGGGCCAGGGCCGCGGGCCGCGCUGGCAGGCGCGUCUCGGGGGACGAUAAAGUUCCCGGGGACCCUCCCGUCGCCCGCUCGGCCCAGUCGCCCCACCCGCACCCGUGCCCUGGCGUGGGCAACUUGGGACCCCCGGCUGCGCGCGACCCCUGCAGCCCGCUGAGCUCGCAAGGCUCCCGCGGGGAAUCUAGCCUAGGGCCCAGCGGAAGAACAACCGCGCUAGAAAGUUCCCAAAGCCGGGAAGCCACCACCGGGGUCCCCGAGCAUCGCUCUUACCUACCUCUCGGGAGGCCACGUUUCGGGCGGGCCGCACGGGGCGCGUGGUGCACGAGCGCGCGCGCGUGGGGCGGUAGGUUCACGUCAUCAUUGUUGGAGAAAAUGUCUGCCAAGCCCUACACCCACAUUUUGCCUGUCGUUCCUUCACGUUUAAACUGGUAUUCCAUGAACAAGCCAACAAUGGAGCCCACAGUUCAGCCACAUGCUUUCAUUUCCCAAGAAACCCUUAGAUUCAUAAUGAAACAGCGGUGAUGUGUGUGCAGUUCUCACUCAUCGCUUAGGCAUUAAAAAGACGUGUUAUCAAUGGCCAAGACUCAAUCAAAUUAACAAUCUUAUUACUUCAUCAAGGACACUCAGAGAAGAUUGACUUUAAAAAUUGCCGAGUGCAUGGUGUGAAAAAUAUAAUGACAGCCAAUGCUGAGGCCCCAUCGGUUUGGCCCAUCUUUGAUUUGGAACGUAAGCACUAAUCCUACUGAA